AUGCGUCUCAUUAAACAGCACGGUGAGCUUGCUCCUGAGCCCGGCUACGUGUACCGUUUUGACUCCACCAUCCCCCAUAAACGAUAUUACUUCGUCAGCAAACUAGGUCACGGACUCCAAAGUCAUGCUCAGCUCGUCCAAGACAGAGAGACAAGCCUAAAGGUGGUUCAGAAAGUGGACAGGAAACUAUGUCCCUCCGCUCUCGACCAUGACGAGCCAGCCGAGAUUAGCGUCCUACGCCGCCUCACCAGUUCCCACCGUCUCGCCAACUACCAGCCAAGAUGGAUCACCCUUCUUCAUUACGAACAAGUCGUUGCUUACCAGAAGACCGAGAAGUCCGGUAGGCAUUUGAGCUACCAAGUGAGUUACUGGAAGUUCUGUAAUGGUGGAAACCUCUAUGGCCUGGUGAACCCUUACAUCAUGGAACAACGGCCGUGGCUAGCACGUAGCCAAAACGGUACGGCCCCUCAAGCUCCGUUGCCUAAGCUUCCCAUCUCACUAGUUGCGCGUGCUAUCCGUCACAUAUGCGAGACAUUGGAGGUCAUGUAUCAAGGAGGCGACGAAGCCGUCUACCACUGCGACCUGCACGCCAGCAAUAUAUUUCUUCACUGGACCAAGGAAGACCCUCUCCCAAAGUUUUACAUAGGGGACUUUGGUAUGGCUCGAACCGCAAGCCAGUCACUCCUGGACUCGAGGAAAUUUCACCCUAGAAACGGGAUACCAUUCGAUAAGCAGCCGCAGGGAACCAAGCCACCGGGUCUUGCCCCUGAAGGUUCCCGCCGUCGAUGGGAUCUCAUCAUGGACCAUGACUGUAAUUUGACCAAGAUGUUUUGGUCCAUGAGCAGAAGCGCAACCAGAGAUAUCGGCUAUGGCAGUGUUCGACUACCAGUUCCGCGACCUCAAGCGCACCGGAGAGAUCUGGUCAAGCAGAUCGCGCAGCAGAAGAACCAUCCGACAACGUCGAGGCAUAGACACAAAGCAAACCCCGUGUCCGCCAGCCCCGAAACAUGUAAUGGACCAUCUCGGUCCUGGGGCUAUGGCCCAAAUUCUUCAUGUCAGCAGGACAUAAAGGACACCCACGCCCGACUCUUGCUCGAGCUCAUUAGAAACCUCGGUUUCCUGAACGAAAAUGACCAAUUACACUCUGUACUUCAGCCUGACCUGCGUCCACCAUCCCUGGGUCGUAUUAUCGAAGUCGCAGGGAUUUUGGAGAAGGAGGCUCUACAACGGGAGCAACAUACACGUGCGUUCAAGGAGUUUGUCAGGGAAAGGAAAGAAAAGGCGCUGUUUCAGGAAUUUGAGAGUAUUCCGUUUGUGUUUACACGUGACGGGGCGGAGGCGAAGGCGAUCUUGAGGAAGGCGUUGAAGCGUCCAAAGAGGAAUCCUUUUGAGGUCUACCGUGGGAAGUUGGAUGAACCGGAGAGUCUUGAGGAGGUUUGGGGGAGGGAACAUGUGGCUGGGCCGUGGAGGGUUGUGCAAGUUAGGGUGUAG